CUGAUGGUAUUCUGCAAUACGGAGUUGAGAUAGAGAGAGAGAGAUAUAUAUAUGUCUUCAAAAAAACUGAACAAAUUAGCAAGUUACGACACUUCAUAAAAGAAAAAAAAUGAAAAAGAAUAGGAAAGUAAAAGGAGAAAAGAAAUGAAUGAAAGUAGAUGUUGAGCAUUAUGGCAGCAUUUAGUCAAACAAUUUAUAAUAAGAAUGUAGAAUUGAAGAAGAAAAACUAUGUUUUCUACUAUUAAAGUUCUGCAUUUUUAUUAUUAAAGCUCGCCUAAACAUUUCAUUGAACAACAUGUGUGCAUAAUAUACUUAGAGUACAUGAGCCCUAUCUUAACCCACUGGAUUUAAACAUCUUUAAUAAAAACAUGAUUUCCAAUGGACUCCCGAAUAGAUUGAGAGUGAAUAUAAGAGCAUUAGAUUUUUUAAAAAACACAAACGGCAGCCAUCUUAAGGUAGAAUAUAUUUCAUCUUCUUAAAUUUAUAACAACUAUAAUUCUGGUUAUUGUUGAAGGAAAUUACUUUAAUGUGCAUUCGUUAUAGAUAGAAAGUGUACCUAGGGAUUAUAUGUAUUGAGCUAAUUGGCCCAUUGGCCCACUCCUUGUAAAACCCUAAUCCCUCCUAUUUAAAGGGGGCUUACUAAUGGAAUGAACACACCUCUCUCACUUCCCUAGAACACGUUAUCAGCACGUAGCACUAAACCUAUUUUUUUUCUCCCGUUCUCCCUACACUCAAUCCGCAGCCGCGCCGCCAGCAGUCCAGCCGCGCCGCCAACGGUCCAGCCACGGCCUCCCCCCCCCCCCCCCCCCUUCCUAGCCUGCGACUCACCGAUUCUCGGAUCUCUUUUGAGAAAUCAUGAGGAUGAGGUGGAUCAUUUAUUCUUUCAGUGUAGCAAGACUAAACCAAUCUGGUCUUAUUUUAUGGGUCUUUUUGGGAUACAUUUUCCCAAUAAUACUAACACGAUAAGGCAGAUAUUAAUCUUGUGGUGGUUGAAAGCAGAUGGUCAGGCUAUGGGAGGUGCUAUGCUCAGAGAUGAAGGUGGGAGAAUGGUGGCUGGUCUUCGAUUUCCGAUUCAAGCUGCGUCGCCCCUGGAAGCAGAGCUGAGGGCCAUCUUUUACGCCUUACAAUGGGUGAUUCAGGUUGGAUUUGUAAAACUUCAUGUGGAAUCUGAUUGUAGGGAGGCUAUCUUGAUUUUGUUGGGAAAGGAGGCUCGAUUUUGGAAAGAGGAGUUUCAGGCAAUCCUUCUUAAUUUAGGAAAUAAGGCUAUUUCGUUCGGACAUGUAAAACGGGAGGGUAAUUGGCCAGCCCAUUACUUGGCAAAGGAAAAAUCGGCCCAAUUAGAAAUAUUUUCAAGUCCAAGAGAUCUUCCUAUAUCAGCUAGACGGGCUUACUUUAUGGACUUCUAUGGACUUCCUUCUUUUAGAUUUCUUAACUAAUAUAAUUCAAUUGGGUAAGGAGUGGACCCCCCAAUUUCUUCUUUCUUUUUUAAUUUUUGUCGUUUGGUCAAUUGUUGCUUGUUUUGUAUCUCGAAUGGGUAUGCCCAUUCUAAAGAGGUUUUGGUCUAGUCCCCCUCUUUUUUGUAAAUUAUUUCUUAUUCAAUAAUACAACGGCAAAUGUUCCCCGGCAAAAAAAAAAAAAAAAAAAAAAGACAAAUCUUGAUCUUAAUAUUCCAUUUUUAGAUGCACAUUUAGAUACGUGUGUAUGUAUGGUUGAUUCAUGUGCAUGCCUUUUUCACAGUUCACGUUUCACAUAGUUCACAACAAAUAUUACAUGCCAUGUGUUCAC